ACUCUAUACACCUCUCUUUUCUCUUCUUCUGCAAAUACUUCUAGCUGUUGCUUCAUAUUCUCUCUUUUCUUCACUUUUAUCUUCUCAAUAUUCUACCUGAGCAAUAUUUAUCGUGUACAAGCAUAUUAUAACUCGAUAGAUAAUGAAAUUCGAAAAAGAAUUGAAGUCACAAAUGGUGCCAGAAUGGCAAGAAGCAUACAUUGAUUAUGUAGUACUCAAAAACCUUUUAAAAGAUAUCCAUCAUUCUAUAAAAAAAACAGACCCUCCUCCACAGCCUCAUUAUCCAUCCGGAUUAACGCGAACUCUGUCACACUACAGAGCUUUUAGCGGCUUGACGACAGUGCAAAGGAGCCUUUCUAUGCGCAGUACCACCAGUAGUCAUCAUGAGGACAUUGAGAACCACCACAUUGUGGUGAACAAUGUCAAGGGAAUUGAUGGACUAGACGGCUAUGUCACGACGUAUCUCAGAGCUGGAGAGGAUGAUGGCGUGCAGGAGCUUCUUUUCUUUAAUAGGCUUGAUGUUGAGUUUAAUAAAGUUAAUAAAUUUUACAAGUUUAAAGUUGAAGAGGUGAUGAAGCAAGCUGAUGAGCUGGAUAGACAAAUGAAUGCUCUGAUUGCUUUUCGGAUCAAGGUUGAUAAUCCAAAACAUGCUUGGUUUGAGACUGCGGUUGACAUUGAUAAUCUUGCAUCUUCAACUAAAGCAUUAUCAACUUCCAUUUCUUCGCCAGGGAAGAGGCCAAGCAAGAGAAUGGCAGAGCACAUGGAUAAGAUAGACGAAGAUAGAUCACUUAGAGGGACGAGAACAGAAGAAACGGAAGAACCAGAAGAAACAGAGGACUCGAAAGAAUUAUCAUCAGGUGAUCAUCCUCCUCCUCCUAAAGAAGUUAAACAUUCAUCAAGACAAGUGGUUCCAGAAGUACUGAUGAGCAACAACAAAAAUACGACCACGAAUAGUAUGUUAAUUACUGGUAGACCACCUUCACUGGAGAUACUAAACCGUGUGACAAUCAACAAACCAGCUGAUACGCCUCUGCCAACAAUCAAAAACGUCUUUAACGUCCCCGUUGAGACAGACAUGAAAUUUACAACAGAAAAUCUCAGUAAAGUUGAGGAGCAACUCAAAAAGGCCUUUGCUGAGUUUUACCAUAAGCUUAGACAUCUCAAAAGCUACAGCUUCUUGAAUAUUCUGGCCUUUUCAAAGAUCAUGAAAAAGUAUGACAAGAUCACUUGUAGAAAUGCUUCCAAGUCCUACCUAAAGAUGGUUGACAAUUCGUACGUAGGCAGCUCUGAUGAGGUAAUUCCAAAGCUCCUGGACAGGGUUGAGGCUACAUUCAUUAAGCAUUUUGCUAAUGGGGAUCGCAAGAAAGGACUCAACACACUCAGACCAAGAGUAAAAAAAGAAAAACAUAAAGUGACUGCUUCUUUAGGUUUCUUUGCUGGUUGCACCGUAGCUCUUAUUUUCGCCCUCAUUUUGGCUGUACGAACCCGUAAAAUUGUUGAGAAGGAUGGUCAUGAACAGUAUAUGGAAACCCUGUUUCCUCUGUACAGCUUCUUCGGGUUCAUCGUCUUGCACAUGCUGUUCUAUGCGGGGAACAUAUAUUUCUGGAAAAAGUACAAAAUAAAUUAUCAGUUCAUAUUUGGGUUCAAGGCAGGAACUGAAUUAGGAUAUCGCGAAGUUCUCCUCCUGAGUUUUGGACUCUCUGUGCUAGCAUUAGCAAGUAUUCAUGCAAAUCUUGACAUGGAAAUCGAUCCUAAAACCAACGACUACAAACAGCUUACAGAGCUUCUGCCUCUCCUUUUAGUAAUUCUUAUUUUUGUGAUAAUGCUCUGUCCAUUCAACAUCAUAUACCGCUCCAGUCGUUACUUCUUCCUUACCUGCGCGAUUCACACUUUCUUUGCUCUGUUGUAUAAGGUUGUUCUCUCAGAUUUUUUCGUGGCAGAUCAACUUACCAGCCAAGUUCAAUCUUUCAGAAGUAUUGAGUUUUACAUCUGUUACUACAGUUCGGGUGACUACAAACUUAGGCAACAUGGUUGCAAUAAUAAUACCGCUUACAAUGUCUUCACUUACAUACUAGCCCCGCUUCCAUUUUGGUGGCGCAUGCUUCAGUGUGUGAGGCGAUUCUUCGAAGAAAAAGAUGCUAUUCAAGGAUGGAACUCAUUGAAGUACUUUGCUAUAGUAGUAUCAUUUGUUACAAGAACAGCAUACGGUAGAAACAAUAGCACCGAGUGGUACAUAAUAGCCUGGGUUACCUCUGUAGUUGCCGGUAUAGUUGCUACUUACUGGGACAUUGUUUUCGACUGGGGUCUUCUCAACCGAAAAUCAACUAACCCUUGGUUAAGAGACAAACUCAUUGUCCCCUACAAAAGUGUAUACUAUGCCGCCAUUGCUUUGAAUGUGUUACUGAGAUUUUCGUGGAUUCAAAUGGUUUUGGACUUGGAAGUUCCAUUCCUGCACGAGCAAAGUAUGAUUGCAGUCAUAGCUAUCCUGGAAAUUGUUCGUCGGGGGGUUUGGAAUUUCUUCAGGUUGGAGAAUGAGCACCUUAACAAUGUCGGGAAGUAUCGUGCAUUUAAGUCGGUUCCCCUGCCAUUCAACUACGAAGAUGAUGAAGAGGAUGACUAGAAGAUCUUACAGGCUCGUAUGUUACAGUACAGAGUGUAUGUAUAUAUAUGAAAAAAAGAGUCGCAAGUAGAAUGUAUGUUCUAUAUAUCUUGUCAUUUGUUCAACUGUUUUACGUGGACAUGUGUCGUACACAUCCCAUUCAUAAACAAGUUGUUUGACAAUGUCAAGAACGAUGCAGAUUUCCAUAGUAUAGCAGAUGGAGAUGAAGAGAUAUCAGGAAUUGGUGAAUUUUCACUGAGUCUUUUGAGAUCCUCAAGAUCCUCUUUGUCGAUGUUUAUUUUGGACGUGAUCUUGUCUAUCGAGUAUGUAUAUAAAUGAAGAAAAAUGCUCUGGAGUAACUA